GGCGGACGCAUUGACCGCCGUGCGGACGUCUGGGUUUUUGUCAUUACGAAAUAAGAAUUACGAUUUUCAUUAGUUAAUGAAGUUUGUGAAACGUUAAAGUGAUCUUAUUAUAAAGCACAUUUUGUUUUAUCGUUAACUGACUACGAAACAAAGACCGUGCUGAAGCAGCUAUAAAAAUGUCAAAACGUGCUGCAUAUGGAGAUGAUGAGGACAGUCCACCAACACCAUCAGAUGAUGAUUCUGAUUUUGAUGAUGAUGAAGAUCCAGAUAAUUUGGAAGUGCCAGGUGGGGGCAAGACGCUGGCGGCGGCUGCACGCCUGGCUCCCAGCAAGGGCAAGGGAACGCCCGCCCCUGUGCAAGUCACGGUCAAACCUACCACCAACCCAUUAGCUGCUCCAUCUGGCGUAGCUUUUGGACAAGCGACCAACAUUAAACCAAUCAAGAUAUCCGCCAGUCAAAUCACAAAACCAAUUAACUUGGGAGGAAUGGGAAGAGGAGCGGGCGUCGGAGCGGCGGCGCCGUCGCCGUACGCGGCCGGUUCGUCCGCCGCUUACAACGCCGCCUCGCUGUUGGCGCAGAUGGAGAUGGUCGGUAUGCCCGGCAUGAACUCGUACCUGCUGCAGAAUCUGAAUCAGAUCCUAGCGUCUGGGAUGGGUGGCCCGCUGGCUGGAAUGUUGGGUCAGUUCGCGCAGGCGCAGCUGCCGCCCUGGGCUGCAGCCAAUAGGAACAUGUGGCAGCAAGACAAGAUGCCUGGUGAAGAAGAGGAAGUGGAUGAUGAAGAAAUGGGUGUAGCGGAAACAUAUGCAGACUAUAUGCCUACUAAAUUGAAACUAGGCCGCAAGCACCCCGACCCGGUGGUGGAGACGGCUUCCCUCUCGUCGGUGGAGCCCGUGGACGUGACCUACGAGCUGAGCCUCCCCGAUCAGACCAUAAGGACGGGCCUGCUGUCGGCGCUGCAGCUGGAGGCGGUGGUGUACGCCGCGCAGGCGCACGCGCACACGCUGCCCGGCGGCGCGCGCGCGGGCUUCCUGAUUGGCGACGGCGCCGGUGUCGGCAAAGGCCGCACGAUAGCCGGCAUCAUCUUCGAGAACUACCUGAAGGGUCGCAAGCGCGCCAUCUGGGUGUCCGUCUCCAACGACCUGAAGUACGACGCGGAGCGGGACCUGCGUGACAUUGCCGCGGACAGGAUACCCGUCUACCCGCUCAAUAAGUUCAAAUACGCCAAGAUCUCGUCGGCCGUGAAUGGGGGCGUGAAGAAGGGCGUAGUAUUCUGCACGUAUUCGGCGCUGAUAGGGGAGACGCAGGCGGCCGGCAACAAGUACCGCACGCGGCUCAAGCAGCUGCUGCAGUGGUGCGGCGAGGACUUCGACGGAUGCAUCGUUUUCGACGAGUGUCACAAAGCGAAGAACUUAUGCCCUGUAGGGUCCGGUAAAGCCACCAAGACCGGUCUGACCGCUUUAGAACUGCAGACGCGUCUUCCCCAGGCCAGGGUAGUUUAUGCCUCGGCUACAGGCGCUUCUGAGCCCAGGAAUAUGGCGUAUAUGGUCCGCCUGGGCAUAUGGGGCGAAGGGACGCCUUUCCCAACAUUCAUGGAUUUUAUCAACGCUGUGGAGAAGCGUGGCGUGGGCGCCAUGGAGAUCGUUGCCAUGGACAUGAAGCUACGUGGAAUGUACAUCGCACGCCAGCUGUCCUUCCACGGCGUCUCCUUCAAGAUAGAGGAGGUGCCUCUCUCCGAUGCCUUCAAGGAGACCUACGACAAAGCUGUCGCUCUGUGGGUGGAAGCGAUGCAGAGGUUCACAGAAGCAGCAGAACUAAUAGACGCCGAAUCUCGCAUGAAGAAGACCAUGUGGGGCCAGUUUUGGUCCGCGCACCAGAGGUUCUUCAAAUACCUCUGUAUCGCUGCUAAGGUGAACCACUGCGUAGUGACGGCCCGCGAGGCGGUGAAGUGCGGCAAAUGUGUAGUGAUCGGUCUACAGAGUACCGGUGAAGCUCGCACUUUGGACCAACUCGAGCGAGACGAUGGAGAACUGACGGACUUCGUGUCCACCGCAAAGGGCGUGUUCCAAACGUUGGUUGAGAAGCAUUUCCCGGCGCCGGACCGCGACCGCAUCAAUCGACUGCUGGGGCUCGAAUCCGGCCGGAAACCGACGCUCGCCGCUUUACCGCCUGCGCCUGCGCCUACGCCGACCAACAACGACGCCAACACUUCUAAGAGGAAACUAACGGCCCGGCAGCAAGUGAACGCUGCGGCUAAACGCACACGCAACUCGUCGUCGGACUCGUGGGUGAGAGGCUCCGACGAAGACGACGACGACGAGAUCGACCACGACCACAACUCCGACGACUCCGACCUCAGCGACUCCAAUCCCUUCCGCGCCGGCAGCGACUCUGACGACGAACCAUGGGUCGGUCGCAAGAAGAAGAUAUCUAAAAAGAAGAAGGCAGCGGUGAAGAAGAAGCCUGCUUCAACGCAGGACAAGAUUGAGACAAUGUUUGAGAGGAAGAGCGCCGCCCCACCCGUCAAUACGGUUAGCGUUUCACACGCGGGCAAGGCGCUUACUGGGACUCCAGUGGGGACCAAUGGAUUAUACCUGGGCCCGACUCGCAGUCAACCGCCUCCUCGAUCGGCCAUCGAGCGAGCUUGCAGCAUGAAGGAAGAACUGCUCGCGGCCAUCGAACGACUGGGCCGGAGGCUACCGCCCAACACCCUGGACCAACUCGUGGACGAGCUGGGCGGCACCGACAACGUGGCCGAGAUGACAGGUCGCAAGGGUCGUGUGAUCCAAACCGAAGACGGACAGAUUCUCUACGAGAGCCGGUCAGAGGCUGAUGUUCCUCUAGAAACCCUCAACUUGACGGAGAAGCAACGCUUCAUGGACGGCGAGAAAGACGUAGCUAUCAUCUCCGAGGCAGCGUCCAGCGGCAUAUCGCUGCAAUCCGACAGACGAGCGAGAAAUCAAAGGCGGAGAGUUCACAUAACAUUAGAGUUGCCCUGGUCGGCAGACAGAGCAAUACAGCAAUUCGGUCGCACGCACCGGUCGAACCAGGUGAACGCGCCAGAGUACAUAUUCCUGAUCUCGGACUUGGCCGGCGAGCGGCGAUUCGCCUCCACUGUCGCCAAACGACUCGAAUCACUCGGGGCCCUCACUCACGGAGACAGGAGAGCUACCGAAACGAGAGAUCUUAGUCAGUUCAACAUCGACAACAAAUACGGUCGUACGGCUUUGGAGGCAGUAAUGAAGGCCAUAAUGAAGUACGAGACUCCCUUAGUGCCUCCGCCGCGGGACUACGCCGGCGACUUCUUCCAAGACGUGGCCUCCGCACUCGUGGGCGUCGGGCUCAUCGUCAACAGCGAGGCGGCGCCCGGCGUGCUGUCCCUCGACAAGGACUACAAUAACAUGUCGAAGUUCCUGAACAGGAUACUGGGAAUGCCGGUGGAAUUACAGAACAGACUGUUCAAAUACUUCACCGACACACUCACGGCGGUCAUGGAGCAAGCGAAACGCAGCGGUCGCUUCGAUCUCGGCAUCUUAGAUUUAGGCAGCGCGGGCGAGUGCGUGAGACGAGCCAGAACUAUAAGAUUCUUGCGUCGCCACGCCACCGGACAGGCGCCCGUAGAACUUCACACUGUGCAUUCCGAGCGAGGCAUGGAAUGGGCGGAAGCAUUGGAAAAGUGGUCAGAGCUGGGCGGGCCCAAGGAAGGAUUCUACUUGUCGCAACACGCGCGCAACAACAAGCAUACUGCCGUCCUAUGCGCCGCCGUCGCCGCGCACGGGAAGAGGGAGCGGCUCAACAGGAAGGAGCAGAUGUUCCAUGUAUAUAGACCCAACACGGGCCUGCAGCUGAAGCUGGAGUCGCUGGCGGAGAUAGAGAAGAAGUACCGUCGCGUGGAGAGCAACGAGGCCGAGAGCUGGUGGCGCGGACAGUACCAGGCCUCGCUCCGGGUCUGCAGCCACGCCUACUGGAGGGGCGUCUGCCGCAGCCCCACAGACUGCGAGGUGGGGUUACGUCGUCGCACAUACCACGUAUUAGCCGGCUCCGUGCUAGCAGUAUGGGCUCGAGUAGAAGCAGUGUUGGCAGCAAGGUCGCAGCUCAACAAGAUGCAGGUGGUCAGGGUGAAGGCGCUCGACGGACUCAAGAUCGUAGGUACACUUAUCCCAAAGAACUGCGUAGAGCCUCUAAGAGACGCGCUCGCAUCAGACGCGGUGUCAGUCAACGAGCAAACGUUCGAGCAAGCCGACGGGCUAAAGUGAACCUUGCGUCUACCGCUGAAGGCUCACAAUACCUAUAGUUCCUCUCGCGCAGCCCCGGAGGUCGCUUCGCGAAAUAUUACGAGCCCAUUCUACACAAGAUAUUAUAGCGCGCGGCAGCUUUGAAACUAUGCUCACACUUUUAAUUUAACACGAAACCAAAUACUAUUAUUGGUAUAGUUCCCAAAAGUAGGACAUACUUUGAAAGCUGUCUCUCUAACAGACGGAUGAGACCACAAAGUUUAUUACGUAGGUAAGUUGUAGCUUAAUAAAUAUGAUUGUCGAAUGAUGUAUUGUACUGAAAUGUCGAACGUUGGAUUACAGUAAGUUUUGGCUCGAGAUAUUUCGAGUUGGGAAGCGUUAGCGUUAAGGGUUUGGUUCGGGACGAUUUGGUCCUUCGAGUCACGGAUCAUAAGAUUGACUUUGUGUACGAUUGAUAAAGAUUUUAUGACGUUGGGCCAAAGCGUUUCGAGCCAUGGAGUUUUUAUACGAGCGGCUAGGAGGAGUAGAGUAUCGUGCUAGCACUUUACAAGGCUUUUCGUGUUUGCUAUUUGUCAUUUUGACAGCAGUUUUUCCUUAUCGUACUCUAUAGGGAGUGAAAAGGAGAGACUGAUGUUUAGUUUACAAAUAGCAAAUACGAAUAGCCAAGCAAAGUGCGGGUAUCAGAGGCGGCGCUUCGGAAGUCAAUUACUAUCGGACGGUGCGAGCUAACUUGAGGCUUGAUUGCGUUGCAAAAGGUUCACUUUUGUUUGCUAAGCAUAACAAUUCCAGGUCACUCCGAGAGAUGCGGCUUUUUAAAAUGGAGAUUACUCGACCAAUAUAAAUAAAUGACAUUUUAAAAGAGGCUUGACAUUAUCGUCUUUAUGAUGAUAAUUGAAUAUUUUUUCUUAGUGAUUGUUGAAAUAUCUUGCCACUUUGGCGUGUGAUUGGAAUAGCCUGGCGGCAACCACUUGUGUGAUAAAAACAUAGUUGAUAGGUAGAAGUACAUCGUAAUUUAUUGUAUGUAUUGUGUUUAUGUACAUAAUUAUAUAUUUAUUUGAAUGUGAUACGUCUUCUUCUUGUUUUGAUCAUAUUUUUUUGUUUACCAAAUCAAUUGGCGAUUUAACGCUUAUUUUAUAUUUACGUUAUGUAAUUAUAGUUGUUUUAUUUGUGUCUAUUUUAUUUUUGUUUUAAUGAAACUUAUUGGACGUCUUACAUACAUGUAAAAUAAUAAAAAUAAAUUUGACUUUUUUUUUUGGACUUCUGACUUGCAUUCGAGCCUCGAGUUAUAAGCCUCUACGUUGAGGGCAUCAUAAUUGUGACAUCAGCUAAUUCAUACAACCAAAUCUUUGUCAUCAAACAUUUAACAAUGUUUGAACAGAUGUUUAACAUAACGAUUUCGUUAAUGCAUGCUGUCUUGAUUAUGAAACAAAAUAUAAUAGAACAGUAUGUUACAAUAUAUAAUUAUGUUAUAAUAGGGAUGAUGACUAAUUUUUUUUUCUUCGUUUAUCAGGUAGAUUAUCAAAAAAUAAUUGACACGUAUUUUUUCUUUGGGCAAUCAACCAAAAAAUGACAAAGUUAUAGCGCGUCAAAGUUUGGGAGUAGGGGCUCGUGACGUCACUUUUGAGUGAAUUUUCACUAAUAAGUGUACUCAAACGUGACGUCACGAGCCCCUACUCCCAAACUUUGACGCGCUAUAACUUUGUCAUUUUUUGGUUGAUUGCCCAAAGAAAAAAUACGUGUCCAUAAUUUUUUGAUCAUCUAACUGACGGACUAAAUAGAAUUUCGUUUACUGUACCCCGUCAUCAUCCCUAUUAGAGAUCGGAUAAUCGGAUGCUUAUUUACCUAAGUUGAGAUGAGAUGAGAGUUGGCUAUUAUGGAAAACACUUUUUUUUAUCGAAAAAAUCCCCCAGGAAAUUCAGAUUUAAGUGUAUACUCCGUGGGUUCUGAUAAACCAGAUUGACACAAAUGUAAGUUGCUCUGUGUGUAUUUCAUAAAAAUACUAUAUAAAUUUAUAUUCAAAUGCCGGAUUCUAAUAUAAUGUUUAUUGAAAUCACCGCCAUUUCUUUUACAACACAUAUACGAAUGGGACAUUAAAAUUUAAGUUUAAGUAAAUUAUACAUCCGAUUAGUUAGGCGAACCCGGAAUCUCGGGAUUUGUUUUGAAUAGAAAUAUCCUAGGAAGCCCCCUUUCAUAAUUUGUUAGUCAAAAAUCACUUAAGGUAAAUAUGCAUCCGAUUAUCCGAUCUCUAGUUAAAAUAAAUGUGAAUAAUUAAAAAUUAUUGGAGUAUUUAUCAUAACCAAAAUUGUCGUAUAGAUGUUACAGUGUUGUCGUUUUAUUACUUUUCCCUGUAUUGUUACUUAUAAAUUGUGUUAUAUUCUAUUUAUGAUAAGCUUUUACAACCUUUUGUUUCACGUUAAAAUUUAAUAUGUGAUGCCCUACAACAAGCGAGUCCGCGGGGCGCGCCUAUAUCGACUGUCUUAUAGAUUUUAGUUCAUUUUAAGUAAACUGAAAGUGAUCUAUUUGAUGUAUGCAUGACUGCAUAGGCUUAAUAUUUUUAAUAACGUAUUUAAUUGUGAAUGGGGUCUAACAUUGCGGCGGACUAGACUAUAACGAGAAUUGAGUUGCCACCCUUUCAAACUCAAAAUAAAAAAUGGUCUUUCGAGCCGGAUUCUAAUAUAAUGUUUACGUAUGUUUUAUUAUUGACUGAAGUAAUAGGUUUAUUGGCAUGAUGUAUUUACAACUAUUUUUAGUAAUAGGGUAUUUGACAGGUGUUUAGAAUGAAUAUUGGCAGGGGUUUUUACUAUUUUUACAAAAAAAAUCAUAAUUUUACUAAAAACUAACGAAAAAGAUAAUAGUUAUUUUUAUCUAUUGUCAAGUGACCCAAAACGCUUGGGAUUGGCGGAGCCUAAAAUUACGUCGCUCGCAAGUAAACUUCCGGUUAAAGUGACAUUACAUUGUAUCGUUUGACGUUUUAAUAACAGUCGUGUGACGUCACACACUAAUAAGACGCCAUAUUGUCCGCAGAAACGUUUCCGCGGCAACUUGAAGAUGGAGUUUUCGAUUUGGUUAUUUUUACUGAAAUACACAACAGAAUGAUGAAUAUCCACUUUUUACGGACUUCAUAAACAUUAGUCAAUAACGUGAGAUCGUUUUCUAAAACUAGUCAAAUACCCUAUUAUCAUCAGCAGACUAUUUGCAUCGUUACUGCUGGAGCACACACCUUCUCUAUUGACGAAAUAAGGAUUAAUAUUCAAUAAAAAACACCACAUAUUUACAUCACGUAGUUUGUGAUAUAGAAUUUAUUGUCAGAACGUCCCGUAUUCUUGUAGUAUCACGAUCCAUUUUUUCGUGUCAGCAUAGAACACUGCCUUCGAAUGAUAUUUCAAAAUAAGACUAACCUUUUUAUAAUGAUUGUUGGAAUAAUAAAAAUUCAAACUAUCAAAGAUACCAUAUACUGUAGUGCCUUCGUUAUUAUAAUGCGAUUCAAUUAAGAAUAGGACCGACUGGGCGCCAUAUUGUGAUGUCAUAGCUGUCAAUUCAAACCAAAUAGGUAGAGUGGGCAAAAAAAAGGUUUUUAUUUAAUAAAACUUAUUUACUAAGUUUAAGUGAGAAAAAGCAUCAGAUUUUUUUAAUAACAUUUAUUUACUAAGAUUGAGAAAAAAAAACACCGAUUUUUCAUAAUAUUUAUUUAUUAAGACUGUGAUAAAAAACAUUAAUCAGAAUCUAGCUCUUCUAUUCCGCUCAUCUCUGCAUUACCGCCGGAGUAGUUAUGAAUAAUCUUGCACUAUUACUAGGUCACAUACGAACAUGCAUCCUUUAUGUAAACGAAAGUUUAAAAUCGAGUUUUUGAACGCAACUUAAAGUUACAUUUGGUUGACGAUUUAGGUUAUCAACCAUUAAUGGCCAAAGCUCAAUAAGUGAAAAAAAUAUCAACCGAUAUUAAUUAUCAAUAUUUGUUAUUGUUUGUUUACAAAUGUUUGGUUUUUAUUCUUGAAUUAGAGAAGUGCUAAAAAAGGGUUCCAAGUGUUUUUUUGCAAACCGUACAAAAGUACGCUUGAAAACAAGCGAAAUUUGACAGAUAGAGGUCAUUAGCUUUCCUAUUCUUAUUUGAACCGCAUUAUACAUACCCUUUCUUUGAGAGUAAAUGCCACAGGAAUGACAUUCCUACUGCUACGCAUUAAAGACGCCUUUAGUGUCAAAUUACAUCUAACUACGUAGCGCUUACUUCUAGUCGGACUCAUGUUUUAUUAAGAAAUCUAUAAUAUUUAAGAUAAUUAAUUACACAAUAAAACAUAAUGCACACAGCUUCAAAUCUCAUGAAUAUGUAUCUAUACGAAUAAAAAAAACAUGGAAUAAUAACAAUUAGGAUAGAGGAUAUUAUUAUUGCUUUAUAGUACAACUAGCUGUGCCCCGCGGUGUUACCCGUGGUUUAUUCGGAAUAUUUUCCCGCAGUAAAACGUAGCCUAUGUGUAUAUCAAUAUAUAUAUAUAUAUAUAUAUCGCACCUCCGGCACAGAAUAUAUACACUACGCGAAAAGAAGCGACACUUAAGCAUGUGUGCUCGUGAAAUCGGCCGCGGCUAUGUGUGGGUGUCUGGAGGUGUGCGGGGGCGUUGCGCGGCGCGCGGGGCGUGGAGAGGGCAGUCGCCGACUGCCGAGACCGAAGGCAUGGCAUUGCACGCACAGACUGACUACGCUACGCAACCUUAUUAUUAUUUACAAAAUAAUAAGAAUUAUAAAACGAAUCGAAAAAGGAGAAAAUAUAUAAAAGUUAGCAAUUUGUUAUAGUACCUACAUUAAAAGAUUGAAAAUUGAUUAUAAAAUGAAACCUAUCCUUCAUUAUUUACCCCAGUAUCCUUGAAUCAGUUUACAUUUAAUAACUUACUAUGCAUAAAUAUUCAUUGGCACAAGUCUAAAUUCCAAGUUCAACCCUAGCACAUACACGCUCCUGCUCAAGGUCGAUGACGCUGGAACUCUCAUGUACAGAGAGUGUCACCGCUGUGCCUCCGGUGCGACACUGUCACUUAUGCAAAAAAAACAUUUUUUCAGGAGAAGCGUUUAAAACUUUAUCAUCCCAAAACACAAUAUUUAAAGUUUUUUUUUUAUUUUUUUAGAUGAAUAGCUAAGCUGUAUAAACUUUUCAUCACGUAUUUUUUUUAAAUAUUUUAUGUUUUGGGAUGUAAAAGUUUUAAAUGCUCGUCCUGAAAAAAAAAUGUUUUUGCAAAAGUGACAGUGUCGCACCGGAGGUGCGAUAUGUAUAUAUAUAUAAUAUAUAUAUAUAUCAAUUAUGUAAAAACUAAAUUCACACACACAAACUUCAGCCUUUAUAAUAUUAGUGUGAUGUCUUCAUAUACUUCACACCUGCAAUGUUAGGCCCCAUUGUGAAUGUUCAGUGGUUAUUGUAUGCAACUGAACAAGUACACUCUUAGAUAGUCGCUUAAUAGCCAAAAUAAAGGACUUGUGUUCUCUGGAGAAUGUACUUUUAAAGUGUUUGUUUAAUAAAAAUUAUAUCAUUCGCAAAACAUUUCAAAGAUCUGUAAACUGUCAUUAUAAAGUCUGACCGGAUAAAUAAAAAACAUCUACAAUUUACGAUAUGCCUUAAUGUUUCAUCAAAACCCGAUUAGUUCCAGGUUAUUCGCAUAUCCGGUGGGACUAUACAUAUAUAACUGGCUCAAAUUUUAUAUAUAUGGCUUUCUGGUUUGCUAUCAUUACUGAGGUACAUUUUCCUAUGCAAUACAAGCGCACGCGCGAUAGAAUUACGUCAAAACAUGGUAUACGAUUCAAUCGAAUUUUAAUUUUGUACAAAUAGUAUUUUAUUUAAUAAUAUUCAAUGUUACUUAGUCGAAUUGUCUCUGUUAGGUUUUUUUUUCUGGGAACAUUCAUUUUGUAGCAAUAUUUUUUUAACUUCUUUAUUUUGCACAUGGAUCGUGAUAGGCAAAGAUUUACAACUUAAUCGUCAGCGGCUAGGCAUGGUCUUAAAUGAAACCGCGAUCAAACUUUAGACUUCAAUGUAGAUAUCAUAAUUCACUGUGCGAUUUGUAUUGUUAAAUGAAAAUGCGUUUUUUAUCACGUCAAAUUAUAUACUUCGUUGCGUCAAAUCUAACGUAGAAUCAGAGCUGAAUAAUUAUUGCUUAUCAAGGUCGCAAACGAACCAUUGUAACUUGGCGUAUUUUUUAUUUUAUUAGAAGUGCAAUACUGCUAUCUGGACCCACCUAAAUUAGCUUUAUGUUCGGCUGUGUUCUUUGGUGGAAUAGAUUCAAAUUUCCCUGAACGCGAUAACUUUUUACUAGAAUGUGCAAUUGGCUACUUUUUUUUCUUUGUUCCGUUCUGGGCAAACGAAGAGGUUUACGAGGCUGGAAUUCUUGCAACGCUAGCGACCGUCACUAUGCGAGGUACAAAUCGUUAUUAUUGUAACAUUAGGUAUAUGGUUUUUCAUAUUUGACUUGAUUGCCAGUAGACAAUUUUCAUGCUACUGUCUUACAAAAAGCAAAAAAUAAAAAUCAUUGUAUAUUUUUUAACAAACCUGUCACAACAGAUAUAUAUUGUUAUUUAAGUAUGUAUUUUUGUUGAAUGCGUGAAGAUUUUUUAUUAAAAAAAAAAUGUAACCUAAAACUGGUUUGCAAUCAAUGACAUAGAUUUGCGUGCUUGCGUUACGAUAUCGACGGUCGGGGCUGAUUAUUUUAAUCGCACAUGACAUUCUCAUUGACUUUCUAUUCUUAACUUGUAGAUAUAGCACAGACUCGUGCAAUGAGAAAUAGUGGAAAAUUGCUAGUCCAUUUCCAAACUCUUAUCCAAAUUUACGAAAUGACAUUUACUGUAUUUUAAAUUAUAACAACCUCCUUCAUUUAGGAGAGAUAGUGACAGUCAUUUUACAUAAGGUGGGAUUAUGUAACAUCUAUUAGAUUUAAUUGAAAUACAAUUAUCUCUUUGUUUUUCUUUUUAGAAAACGAGGAAGUGUUUAAACUUAUUAGUGAUUUAAUUGAUUUUAGGUUAUUGUGUAACACUAUAGAUCCCAUGUUAGCUUAUAUAAUUUGUGUAUAUAUUUUAAUUAGUUUCUCUGAUACGGCAAACUUGUCUAUGGUAUUCGACUGUAAUUCCGGAUAAUGAUAUUAAUUGAUCAUUUGAUAGGAUUGUUGGUGACGGCACUAUGGGUGCUAGUCUUAUCGUAUCGCAUCUCAUUGUUCUCUACUUUCUUUAGUGUAUAAAGACAGAAAAUAAAUGUAUAUAAAUAUAGAAAAUGAUUUUAUUUUAUCGUCCG